AUGGCCAAGAUCAAGUCGAUUGAGUAUUUUCGUGUGAAGCCCCGUUGGUUGUUCGUCAAGGUCACUGAUGACGAGGGACAAAUUGGUUGGGGCGAGGGAACCCUCGAGGGUCACUCUCUAGCUGUUGAGGGAGCUUUGGAUGAGAUUAUUAUUCGCAUUGUUGGUUAUGAGGCAGAUGACAUUGAGCACAUCUGGCAAACAAUAUGGCGACUAGGAUUCUACCGUGGAGGACCCGUUUUCAUGUCGGCUAUGUCCGGUAUUGACAUUGCACUGUGGGAUCUUAAAGGCCGACGAUUGGGUGUUCCUGUCUACCAACUGCUGGGCGGGAAGGUGCGCAACAAGGUGCAGGUGUAUGCCUGGAUCGGAGGAGACCGACCGAGCGAGGUGGAAGUUGCAGCCAAGGCACGAAUUGCUCAGGGUCUCAAAUGUAUCAAGAUGAACGCUACUGAAGACGUCAACUGGCUCGACUCACCCGCGAUCCUAAACUCCUGCGUCGAGCGUCUUAAGCAGGUCAAGGCGCUUGGCCUUGAUGCUGGCUUGGAUUUCCACGGUCGUCUCCAUAAACCAAUGGCCAAGCAGCUGGCAAAGGCGCUAGAGCCAUACCAGCCCCUCUUCAUCGAGGAGCCUUUGCUAUGUGAGCACCCCGAAGCUCUCAAGCAGCUUUCCAACUCCACCACAAUCCCCAUUGCAUUUGGAGAGCGUCUAUACACCCGGUGGGAUGUGAAGAGAUUCCUCGAGGACUCCUCCGUCGAUGUUCUGCAACCCGAUAUUGCUCAUGCUGGCGGUAUCUCGGAGACAAGGCGUAUUGCGAGCUUAGCCGAGACCUACGACGUGGCUAUUGCCCCCCAUUGCCCUCUGGGGCCUAUCGCAUUUGCGGCAUCGUUGCAAAUUGCCGUUUCCACGCCCAACUUUGUCAUUCAGGAGAUGUCUUUGGGUAUGCACUACAACGUUGAGGCUGGUGACAUUGAUUUGAAUAGUUAUGUGGUCGACAAGACCGUUUUCGAUAUCACGGAGGGAUAUGUCGCGGCACCGUCGAAGCCCGGUAUUGGAAUUGACAUUGACGAAGAGAUGGUUCGGCGAAUCAGCAAGGAGACUGAGCCCUGGCAGCCCAAGGAGUUCCACGGACCCGAUGGAUCGAUCCGCGAGUGGUAG